CCUGCUAGCUGGCUCACUCGCUCGCGGUGUCCGCCGCCCGUCGCCCGACUCUGGGCAGCUCUCAGCUCCCGCACUUGGCCCAGCGCUCUGGAGCAGCUCGGGCUCCGGAGGACUGGACCGCGCAACUGGCUGGCUGAGCCCUGGGCGGGCCGCGGAAGCAGGCCCCGAUGGCGCUCUUCGUGGUGGGCCUGGCUGUCUUCUCCCUCCUUCAGACCACCCUCGCCCUGAACCCUGAGGACCCCAAUGUGUGUAGCCACUGGGAGAGCUACGCCGUGACUGUCCAGGAGUCGUACGCACACCCCUUUGAUCAGAUCUAUUACACGCGGUGCACAGAUAUUCUCAACUGGUUCAAGUGUACCCGGCACCGGAUCAGUUAUAAGACGGCGUAUCGGCGCGGCCUCCGGACCAUGUACCGGCGGAGGUCCCAGUGCUGCCCUGGCUACUACGAGAACGGAGACUUCUGCAUACCCCUGUGUACAGAGGAGUGCGUGCACGGCCGCUGCGUUUCCCCAGACACCUGCCACUGUGAGCCUGGCUGGGGAGGGCCUGACUGUUCCAGCGGCUGCGACAGCGACCACUGGGGUCCCCACUGCAGCAACAGGUGCCAGUGCCAGAACGGCGCCCUGUGUAACCCCAUCACAGGCGCCUGCGUGUGUGCCGCCGGCUUCCGCGGGUGGCGCUGCGAGGAGCUCUGCGCACCAGGCACCCACGGCAAGGGCUGCCAGCUGCCGUGCCAGUGCCGCCAUGGUGCCAGCUGCGACCCUCGCACAGGAGAGUGCCUCUGCGCACCUGGCUACACCGGCGUCUACUGCGAGGAGCUGUGCCCGCCUGGGAGCCAUGGAGCUCACUGUGAGCUGCGCUGCCCCUGCCAGAAUGGGGGCACCUGUCACCACAUCACUGGCGAGUGUGCCUGCCCUCCAGGUUGGACGGGGGCAGUAUGUGCCCAGCCCUGCCCACCAGGGACAUUUGGCCAGAACUGCAGCCAGGACUGCCCUUGCCACCACGGAGGGCAGUGUGACCAUGUGACUGGACAGUGCCACUGCACCGCCGGAUACAUGGGUGACAGGUGCCAAGAGGAGUGCCCCUUCGGGACCUUCGGCUUCCAGUGCUCACAGCGCUGUGACUGCCACAACGGGGGCCAGUGUUCGCCCACCACCGGUGCCUGCGAGUGUGAACCUGGCUACAAGGGCCCGCGCUGCCAGGAGCGACUGUGCCCCGAGGGCCUGCAUGGCCCAGGCUGCACCUUGCCCUGCCCCUGUGACACCGACAACACCAUCAGCUGCCACCCAGUCACUGGAGCCUGUACCUGCCAGCCAGGCUGGUCUGGCCACCACUGCAAUGAGUCCUGCCCUGCUGGUCACUAUGGCGAUGGCUGCCAGCUGCCUUGCACCUGUCAGAAUGGCGCCGACUGCCACAGCGUCACUGGGAGUUGCACUUGUGCCCCAGGCUUCAUGGGAGAGGUCUGUGCAGUUCCCUGUGCAGCAGGGACCUAUGGCCCCAACUGCUCAUCUGUCUGCAGUUGUAACAAUGGCGGCACCUGCUCCCCCGUAGACGGCUCCUGUACCUGCAAGGAAGGGUGGCAGGGUGUGGACUGCACCCUGCCAUGUCCCAGCGGGACUUGGGGCCUGAACUGCAAUGAGAGCUGCGCCUGUGCCCACGGGGCAGCCUGCAGCCCCUCGGAUGGCUCCUGCUUCUGCACCCCGGGCUGGCUGGGAGACACCUGUGAACUGCCCUGCCCGGAUGGAACAUUUGGGCUGAACUGCAGCGAACGCUGUGAUUGCAGCCAUGCCGAUGGCUGUGAUCCAGUCACAGGUCACUGCUGCUGCCUGGCUGGAUGGACAGGCAUCCGCUGUGACAGCUCGUGUCCACCGGGUCGCUGGGGCCCCAACUGCUCCAUCUCCUGCAGUUGUGAGAACGGGGGCUCCUGCUCUCCAGAGGACGGGAGCUGCGAGUGUGCCCCCGGCUUCCGAGGACCCUUGUGCCAGAGAAUCUGCCCCGCUGGGUUCUAUGGCCACGGCUGCACCCAGCCUUGUCCACUCUGCGUGCACAGCAGUGGGCCCUGCCACCACAUCAGUGGCCUCUGUGAGUGCCUCCCAGGAUUCUCCGGAACCCUCUGCAACCAAGUAUGUGCUGGAGGGCACUUUGGGCAGGACUGUGCCCAGCUCUGCUCCUGUGCCAACAAUGGGACCUGCAGCCCCAUCGAUGGCUCCUGCCAGUGUUUUCCUGGAUGGAUUGGCAAGGACUGCUCACAAGCUUGCCCACCUGGGUUCUGGGGCUCUGCCUGCUUCCACACAUGCAGCUGCCACAACGGGGCGAGCUGCAGCGCUGAGGACGGGGCCUGCCACUGCACUCCGGGCUGGACCGGACUCUUCUGCACACAGCGUUGCCCAGCAGCAUUUUUUGGGAAAGAUUGUGGACGUGUUUGCCAGUGUCAGAAUGGCGCCAGCUGUGACCACAUUAGUGGCAAGUGCACCUGCCGUACAGGCUUCACUGGGCAACACUGUGAGCAGAGAUGUGCCCCAGGAACCUUUGGCUACGGGUGUCAGCAGCUCUGUGAGUGUAUGAACAAUGCCACCUGUGACCACGUCACUGGCACCUGCUAUUGCAGCCCUGGAUUCAAAGGAAUCAGAUGUGACCAAGCUGCCCUCAUGAUGGAAGAGCUGAAUCCCUACACCAAGAUCAGCCCAGCUCUGGGUGCAGAGCGGCACUCAGUGGGUGCUGUCACAGGCAUUGUCCUCCUGUUGUUCCUCAUCGUGGUACUGCUGGGCUUGUUUGCCUGGCACAGGCGGCGACAGAAAGAGAAGGGCCGGGACCUGGCUCCCCGUGUCUCCUAUACGCCCGCCAUGAGGAUGACCAGCACUGACUACUCCCUCUCAGAUUUGUCUCAAAGUAGCAGCCAUGCCCAGUGCUUUUCCAAUUCCAGCUACCACGCACUGGCGUGCGGGGGGCCUGCCACCAGCCAGGCCAGCACUCUGGACAGGAACAGCCCCACCAAGCUCAGUAACAAGUCCCUUGACAGAGACACAACAAGCUGGACCCCCUACAGCUAUGUGAACGUGUUAGACUCCCAUUUCCAGAUCAGUGCCCUGGAGGCCAGGUACCCGCCCGAGGACUUCUACAUUGAACUUAGACACCUCAGCCGCCCCGCUGAGCCACACUCACCAGGUGCUUGUGGAAUGGAUAGACGUCAGAACACAUACAUUAUGGACAAAGGCUUCAAAGAUUACAUGAAAGAAUCCGUGUGCAGUUCUAGUACCUGUUCCUUGAAUAGCAGUGAAAACCCUUAUGCCACAAUUAAGGACCCACCCAUCCUCACCUGCAAGCUUCCAGAAAGCAGCUAUGUAGAAAUGAAGUCACCUGUGCACAGGGGGUCUCUGUACACAGAUGUGCCAACCUUGUCGACAUCUAAUAAAAAUAUAUAUGAAGUUGAGCCCACAGUCAGUGUGGUCCAAGAAGGCCGUGGUCAUAACUCCAGCUAUAUCCAGAAUCCAUACGACCUACCUAGGAACAGCCAUAUUCCUGGUCAUUAUGACCUCCUCCCCGUAAGACAGAGCCCUGCCAAUGGGCCCUCCCAGGACAAGCAGUCUUAAAGAGGGAUAAGCUUCUCUCUUGCAGUGUUCUCUGCUGAAUAUUCUGACUCUCUGAAAGAAGACAAUCCCUUGACUUGAAAUAAUGGUACAGAUUGACUCCAGCUGCAUAUUAGUUCACGUGGAACUAAAGAAGAGCUUCCGAGUGGGACUGGGGUAAUUGUUCAAGGAAGUCUGUUCACAAAGGCAAAUCCUGUCACCCACUUACCCCAGCCCCCAAUGCCCUGGAUUAUGAGAUUUUAAAAACAUUUAAGAUACCACUCCUCAUCAACAUCAACUAAAUACAGCUAAUAUAUAUAAUAUUCUGAAACACGAUGCUUAUAAAGCAUGUAGAAUAGGUUUUGUAAACCUUCCUAUGAGGAAAAGGGGACUGCAGAGGGGAGAGGAUUACUGUAAAGCACCUGAAAUGUAUUGUAUUUUUGGUUGCUGUUACCAUCAACAUCUGUUUUUCUACCUAAGAUAAUUAGUACAUAGACAUGAACUGUUCAAAUACCAUUCCUACAGUACUUGUAUAUAUAUGUCUGGUCCAUCAAAUCACAACACUCAAGAUUACAAUAGUACGUAGUCUGAUGCUCACAACUCCCAUUUUUAAAAAUAAGACUUUAAUAAAUACAAAUGAAAAGAAAUGAAAAAGAAAAAGAAUUAGUUCCCAAAGUGCAGUGGUCUCUUUCAGUCUACAAUGAUCUCUAGGCCAGCUUUACCAAAUUUUGCCAAUUAAAAGUUCUGAAACAAUGCAAGUCCCGGCCUUGUCAUAUUGCCUUAGUUCACACAACACCCAAGUCAUUCCAUGUGAAAUAGAGCACUGAGAUUAUACUUUGUGAGAUUACACUUUAAGUAAGUAGUCACAGACUGACAAGAAUUAAGUAUCCCUAAAAGUGGCUAUUUGGCUUUCCCAUUUUAUUUAGUUGGCAUCCCUUGAUUCACAAAAGUGCUUGAUUUCAAGCAAUUCAUAAAUCUUGAGCUUGCAGUAUGCAAUCUAAAAGUGUAAAGGAAAUUAGACAAAUGUGGAUACAGCAAGUUUAUGUUGUUUAAUGUACGUUAUGCUUUUUGAUGGAACUAAAUGAGAUAAAUGAUCAAAAAAUGGACUAUAACCAGUUUUAGCAUGAUGUAAAAACUUUAUAGUAAACAACGUGAGGAUAUGCAGUGCUUCUACCGUAAAAUCACAAACUACUGAGAUGGCCAAAUAUGUAUUCCAAUGAGUUAAUGAUCCAGAUCUCAGUGGUCAGAUGUGUCUACACCUUCUAUUACUAAUGAAUGCAGGUAAAACAAGGCUCAGACAAUUCCAAUGGAGCCAGCUUCUAAGUCCUACAGAGGACCUCUUUACAAGAAUUCAAAACAGAAAAGGCAAACUGUGGAAGCUAAUGGCCAUCCCUAUUCCACUUCAUUCUCUGGUAACAGUACAACCAGUAAAAAAUACUUCUAAAAAAGGUAUAAAGAAGAGGAUCAAAAUGACUGCAAAGCUGGAAUAUGGCUACAGGAUGUGUGGGAGUUCUAAAACCCUUGAUAAAAAUUGGAAGUCUGCCAAGGAACCCAUUAGUUAGGGCAAUAAUCAGCAAAAGCAAGAAAAUAAAUGAGUAAAUCCCCCUCCCCCCACUCCUCAAGGCAUAAGCAAAUUUUAGUGUUAGAGGAAAAUAUAUAAUACUUACAUGAAUGCUGCAUGUGUGCAUGGGAGCGAGUAAUCAGCAAUAAAAAAUUUGCUUUCCAAAAAAGCCUUAUUCAAAUAUAAAUACUAGAAAAUUACUUUGUAGACCCAAGUAAAUAUUUCUCAUACAUAUGUAGAAAUACAGGUGAAACUUACCUCAGUAUUUUAGGGUCACGAUGUGCUCUAUUAUCAUUGUGAAGCCAGGAUGAAGAAGCAUGGCAAAGUCAGCUAGGAGAAACUUCAUCUCAAUCCCAGGUUUUAUCUUCUUCCCUUAUCCUGCAUGUGCAAUAACUGCUACCUGACAAACUGCAAAUAAGCAGCAUCACUCAAGUUUCAAGUUUCACCUCUCUUCUGCCAAAUGCCCUCUGGGCAAAGAUAUCCAGCAGGAGGUGAAUGGCUAGAGCACUAAGUUGAGAUUUCAGUGUUACUCUUGUCAAGUUACUUGCCUAUUUGGGUUCUUUUAUCCCCCAUGCCUAAAAAGUGAAGAAGCAGGGAGUGGAAAGGGAGCUCUCCCAGCUCCUCAGUUCUAGCAUUCUAUGACUUUUUAAAGUAAAGUAAUACAGCUCAAGUCAGGCAAUACAGAGAAGGAAAAGGCAGAGGAUGUGAUUAAUGUAUGGUAACAACAGCACUCUUCACAUAUCUACGAGUCACUGGUAAAAGACAUUCCAAUCUUACAGAGAAAAUGUUCAAACAACUUCUAGCACUGUCACAAAUAGGUUCAUGGUCAGCCUAAGCAUGUGCACUGUGCAUUAUAUUGGUGAUUUGGAAAGAUCUGUUCAAUUAUUUUGCAGAAACUGAAUUCUCAAUAAAAUAAAAUAUGCAUACAAUUCAAAUGAAUAAAGGAAACAAUUUAUUGUACAAUAGCAUAAAAGAUACUAUGAAAUGGCAAUACUUUUUUAAACCACAGAUUUGUAAUAUAUUUGUUCACUGUACAGAGGGAUUGUACCUUGUACAAAAUAAAAUGAAUUUCUCACACUAAUUUAACAAGAAUGCCUACUGUGGUGUUGCAAACUGAAAAUGUCUAUAAUCUAUGCCCAGGUUUAAGGGCAGGAACUAACCUACAUUUUGUGUGGUCACUUUAUGUACGUGGAAGAGUGAAAAUUAUUUCAAUAGAUGCUUGAAAAUAAACAGGUUGUUUAACAAGGGAGUCUCUACAUUUAAAGUAAUGAAUGGACACAAUAAAUGCUUAUGUCAAGAUACUUUAAAAUCUUAUACAUAUUAGUACUAGAGAGUUUUUCUGCUUUCCCAAAUAUUUGUCCUCAAAGACAACAAUCACAUUUUGUGCUCAGCACCAGAGGCACAGUGGAACUUCUAUGGACUAGAAUAAGGGCAGGGUUAUGGGCUACCUAAUUUACAUAAAUUCAAUAAACCAGUUUCUAUUGGUAGAAGUGAACAUCCAGUACAGUUACUAGGAGUGCAUCUGUUUUAGGACCUUUUAAAAAAAUAACUUUCUGACCUAACUGGUAAAGAAUUAGCAAGAAUAAUUUUAUAAUAAAAUACAUAUGCUAAAAAAUAGCUUACUGAAUGAUUCGAAAAGUUUAAAUUUCUCCUUUAUACUUUCAAAAUAUUUAUAUAGUCCUCAUAUUUAAGUUAAACCAAAAUCUUCCAACAACCUGUGAGUUCACAAGGCUUAUGAUAUACAAGAAUUAUUUCAGUUUAGUAUGAUAUUUAAUGAAAUAUAUACAUUUUUUUUCUACCUAGAGAUAGGAGCCAUUCAGAAAAGAUUACUAAGAUAAUCAUCAAGGGUUGGAAGUUGACAUCUCAGUGAAAGACAAAAUGUAAUUAAGAGGUUAUAAGCUUAAAAAAGGUAUUUACUAAGAAUAGCCUAAGAUGGGGCUGGGGUGUGGCUCAGUGGUAGAGUGCUUGCCUAGCAUGUGUGAGGCACUGGGUUCAAUCCUCAGCACCACAUAAAUAAAUAAAUAAAAUAAAGGUAGUGUAUGCAUCUACAACUAAAAUUAUCUUUAAAAAAAAAUAGCCUAAGAUUAUGCCCUUUGAGUCUCAGAAUAUUACCAAUACUAUAAAUGAUACCCUGUCUCAAAAUAAAAAAUAAAAAAGGGCUGGGGAUAUGGACUAGUGGUGGUUAAGCACCCCUGGGUUCAAUCCCUAGUACAAAGAAAAAAGAUAUGUUCUGUUAGUCAUUCAUCUGAACAGGGGGAGGGAAGACAGAAGAAGCCUGUUUAAUCAGUGUGGCAACAGAAGACAGAAAAUCUAAGAAGGGAUGGAUUAAUGGAUAUGUAGGUGUUUGUUAAACUAUUAUUUAUGCUUUUGUAUAAUA